AUGAGGCGAGAUGCUGAUGUCCAAGUCCAAAUACCCACACCGGAACUCCAAAGAGAAGUGAACGUAGCUACUACGAAGGAAAGAGAACAACAGUAUUAUUUUAAAGAGAGUGUGGAGAGUACUUCCAACAACAAUAUAGACAACAACGAUGGAGAAGAGCAGAAAAGAAUGAGACCAACUAUUAUCACCAAUGUUUACGUCACCGCUUCUGGUGAUAACAAAAAGAAAAGGGAAGGAAAACAAAGAGUUGACUAUGGAGACGGCGAAGCUUCAGAUGAAGACGGUGUAGAUGGUUUUAACAGAAAAAUAACAGAAAGACGAAGGCCAGGGAUAAAGCCGUCAUACAUAGACGAAAGUGAUUCUGACGUUAUAAGAGUGCACGAGGAUAACGAAAGUAUUAUUCUGGAUACAUUAAAAAAUUCAAGAACAAAAAGAAAUGAAUACAAAGAGAAGGGAGAUAGAGAACAAGACGACAAACACUUGGGUAGCAGUGUAACAAGACAAAAUGAUAAGGAUUUUCAGCAAGAAAUUAAAGACAGAAAGGAUGGUGAUGUCAAAGACAUAAGUGAAAGCGGAUCAAAAGAAACAGGCAGUAAAAGAGAAGAGAGAUGUUAUAAGGAAAUAUUUAAAGGACAUCGCGAAAGAGAAGCUUCUAUAGAGGAAGAUUCCCACGAUGAAGCAAAACAAGGAAAACCAGAUAGUUUAGAGGUAAAGAAGUAUGAAAGGAACAACAAAAUAACUAAAGUGACUGAAAAGAAGAGGAAAUCACAAAGUAGAAAUCAAAUGCCAUCAUCUCUUAGCCUACCUGUAAAUACUGGUUCUAAAAAGGAGGAUGACGAAGCUGAUAUUCCUAAGGAAAAUAGCAUGCAAGACAAUCAACAAAAAAAGAUGGUUAAAAACGUGGAAGGAAAUAGUGGACAAUUUGAAGAUAAUACCAAAGACUCUCUAAAACAAAAUGGAGAAAAAGUUCCACAUUUUCAGAUGAGAUCACAUGAGGGAGGGAAGAAUAAGAAAAACGAUCUACAAGAAAUUACGACAGUUGAAGAGACAGAGGUAUUGUCGAGAGUCACCAAGGCGUAUAUGCAGGAAAAUAAUAAAUAUCCUUUCCAAGAAAAAAGUGACUGCAAACACGGGCUAGGAAAGUCGGAGAUUCUAUUGCUUAAAAAAGAAACUAACUCACCAACAACUUCCACUAUAACAGAAUGUGAAAAUUUUAAUAUUCCAACAUCCCAGAAAUUCAACAAACGUAAUAAAAACCAACCAUCAUCAGGAUAUACGUUUACCACAGAGGAUAAGGGUAGUAAAGUGAAAUUAAAAACCGAGAAAUCGAAGAGGCUUAUACAGCAUAAAGAGGAUAUGAUUGAUGAUGAUGAAUUAUUGGAAGACAAAAUAGAGUCAAUAGGUGCAGGAGAAAAUCAAAAAUCAAAACAAACAAGAAGCGCUUUGAAAUCACUAAAGAGAAACAGUUUGUUGCUUACCGAAGAUGCGCUUGAACAGGUUCACUCUUCAAAGACUCAAUCUUCUAACGAAAAGAUUAAUGACCCUCGCCAAUCAACAGCAUGCGAUAAUUGUGAUCGACCUUCUUCAAAACAAAAUGUUUACUCGACAGGUAAAGAAAGCGAAGGAGAAGAACUUGGGGAAAUGAAUCCCAAAUGUCGAAUGAAGAAAAAACUCGUUAGUUUCGAAGUUGCAGGCUAA